GGCUUUUUAGCUCAGCGGUAAAGCUUCUGAAUGCUCCCAGAGGUGGUCCCGUGACAAAUGCUCUGAUUCCAAUUUAUUAAGCAACAUUCUAAUUCAUUACACAAUAAGCUCAGCUCAGCUCAUUGCAUAAUGUUUGUAUUGCAGUAUGCCCUAUUAUAUAUUCGUUAUGGGUGUGUGGGAUGGUUUUGCCCUACUUACACCCACCUGAACGUUUAUCUGUCUCUUCUGGAGAGACUUAGUCAGUUAGUUAUGAAUGAAUGAAGAAUCCAAUUGUUUUUGCCUUGUCUUAUUGUUUGUUAUUUUCUAGAAAACCACAGUGUUCCCGACAACCUGGGAAUUUCGUGUCUUGGCAGUCUGAAUUACAGAUUGAACGGACGUAACUGAGCGAUGCCGCGUAGAAGGUCGCAGAGAACUCAAGAUCGGGCGAGUGAGGCAGCAGACAAUUGUGCGAGAUGAUGCCCCGCAGAUGAUGUUCAGUGCUGCUACCGGUCCGGCAGUCGCAUAACUUAUGCGAGAUGCGCGAGUGAGCGAGAAAGCGAAACCCCUCCGCGAAAUUGGCCAUUACGAGCGUCAAGAAAAACAUAUGAUAACCUUACUAGCGCUGAGAGAAAACAUGAUAAAGUCCCGUCAAUAAAUCCGCAAAACGAUUCUCUCCUACAGAAACAAUCACUGAACAAGAACUUUGCCUUAUCUUGAUGUCUUACAGUACGUGUCUGAUCUGAUCUAGACUUGCAUCCAUACCCCGCCAAAUUACGGAGAGACGGUGGCUCCACUGAAUCAUCUGACAGCGAUGAACGAAACCGCGGAAGAGUCCAACAUGGGUGUCAAACAAGAAGCCCAAUUGGGCGAUAUAGUCAACUUCGAGGGAGACUCCGACACGCUCAACCCCCAGAACUGGCCCAUGAGGAAAAAGGUCUACACGACAGCCCUGUGGGCCCUGACUACGUGCUGGAUCACCUUCGCCUCCGCCAUCUACUCGGCCGGCACAGCAGAGAUUGCCCAGGAAUUCCAUGUGUCAUACGAGGUAGCCAACGCGGGGACCAGUCUGCUCAUUUUCGGCUUCGCCCUUGGACCCAUGCUCUGGGCGCCUCUGUGCGAGGUUUACGGUCGGAAAUGGCCUGCUCUCGCUCCCUAUUUCAUUAGCGCAGCUUUCGCCUUCGGCACUGCGAACGCCAAGGAUAUCCAGACAAUCCUAAUAACAAGGUUUCUCGCUGGCGUCUUCGGCAGCUCACCCAUCUCCAUCACGGGCGGCUCCAUCAUUGACAUCUGGACCCCACGCCAGCGGGGCACUCCCAUGGUGUGCUACGGCAUCACCAUCGCCGCGGCGCCGACCCUAGGCCCUAUCAUCGGCGGCGCCUUUAUCACGAGCGGCUGCGGCUGGCGCUGGACUGAGUACCUGACGGGCAUCGUCAUGAUGGUCCAGUUCGUCCUAGACGCCUUCUGGCUAGACGAGAGCCACGCUGAAGUGCUUCUCACACGGAAGGCCAGCCUCCUCCGUCGGUCUACGGGGAAUUUUAGUCUCCACGCUAAGUGGGAGGAGACUAGCCCAACGUUCAAGAGUUUACUGAGUACCUACCUUGUUCGACCGUUUCAGAUGCUCCUGGAUCCAAUCUGCCUGCUGCUUACGAUCUAUACCUCUUUCGUCUAUGCAAUCCUUUACGCGAGCUUAGAGAGUUUCGCUCUCGAAUACGGCCGGUUCCGAGGAUGGGGCCCCGUCGUGAGCCAGCUUCCCUUUCUGUCCCUCUUAAUUGGCUGUCUCUUUGCCGCCGCCGCCAACAUCUUCAACAACAUCUAUUACGGAAAGAAGCUCGUUGCCAACAACUUCAAGCCUGUUCCUGAAGCGAGACUUCCACCAAUGAUGGUGGGCGGAUUCGCCUUCUCUUCAGGUCUUUUCCUUUUUGGCUGGACCUCGGUUGGGCACGUCUUGAGCCCUUGGCCAUCCAUCAUCGGUGUUUUCCUCAUAGGGGUUGGCUUCACCACCAUCUUCCAAUCGUCCCUCCAGUAUCUCGUCGAUACUUUUACGCGCUACAGUGCUAGCGCUAUUGCGGCUAACACUUUUGUCCGAUCCAUGGCUGCAGGUGCUUUUCCUCUCUUUGUCUGGCCCAUGUAUGAAAAGAUCGGCAUCGAUUGGGGCAGCACUAUCUUUGCCUGCAUUAGUGUGCUUCUGCUGCCAGCUCCGUUCCUCUUUUUCAAAUGGGGUUAUCGGAUCAGGGCCCGUGGCGAAUUCAGCAAGCUCUCGACCUAUUAAGACUACCAAGGUUACACAAGUAGCCCUGUCAUGGCUGUUUUGAUCCAACAUGCAUAUUCGAAUCGCGGAACCGAGGACAUGAUGAGCUGAUCUUGGGCGUUGUCUAUUUCGUCAUUUAUGAGACACCAACAUGCGUGAAAUGGCCAUGGAUACCGGCUUAACAGGUGUCCCCAAUAUUCAACGCCACUCAUUGCCUGAGAGCCCUCUUUGUUUCAGUGACCUUUUUAGAGAUAAACAACAUCGUCGGAUUGAGUUACAAUAGAACCCUAGUAAUUUCCACUUAACA